CUCUCAGGCCAAUCGCGUUCCGGAAGACCGUUUCGCCUCGCGCGUGAUUUAAACCGAAGUUGGGAGGCGCCGCGAAGGAGAGUGGCAGUUGCGGAGACGAAGUCCGGUCGAGCUCCUCACGCAGCUUAUCAAGCAAAAGCCGCAGGACAAUUUUAUUGGUGAAGCAAAAAAUGGAAAGUCCAGAAAACAAAGAAAAUGCAGUUGGACCUCUAUGGACCCAAGUGGAUGACAUGUUGGAGGAAAACUUAGCUUCUCCAAAAGCUUUAAAGUCUCCUGUCAUAUUGAAGCAGAUUUCUUUGGCUGAAAACUGUAGCCCUCUGGCUAGUACAAAAACAAACUGUAGCCCCCUGGCAGUUGUUUUUGAACCAGCUAAAACGAAAAGCCAGCACAUGUCCUUUAACCAGACCUCCUUACUCAAAAGAAAUGGAAAAGAGAAAGUGCUGAAAACAGCUGCACCACCCAUCUUCGUUCCACCCCUUUCAGAGAAGCGUGCGCUUGGCUCAUAUUGUGGUAGGAUAGUAGAAUCUAAAAUAAACUCCUUCAGAAGAAAACCAGAACAUGAGAAUAGGAGGCACACUAUGGCUGCUGCUCCUAAAUCAGCAGUGAGGACUCAAUCCACAAGCAGUAUUGCAGACAAAAAGGAUGAUAGAGUCACCAGCACAGUUAAUACUUCUAAGUCUGUUGCUGUUGCCAAACCUGCAGCUGUUCUCUCACUUCAAGCCAGGCCUCCUGUGAAGGUGCCUGUUGGCCAGCCAAAGCCCAUUCUGAACCAUGAGACAAAAACUAUCAAUAGAACACCAGUGAAUAAUGGGGCAUCCCAAAGAAAUCCUAAUCGGAAUGGGAAGCUCAUCAGUGCUAACAGAUCUGUGCACAGAACAAAGAAAAAUGCUCCAACGGAAACUGGACUUGGACCACAUUUAACGGGACCUGUUUCUGAAGCUCGUGGUGCUGUCUCAGCUUUGAAAUCAGCUGACGGCAUCAGAAAACGUAAUCCAGCGAAACCUGCAAAAGGAAUAAGAACCCGACCGGCUGAACGGCCGCCAUUGACAGGGCUAAAGAAGCUGCCACCUCCCGUAUCUGUUUAUACUCUGCCUGAAAGAGAAUCCUUUCAUCAAACUAUAAAAGAACCAGUUGAAUCCUUCUGGUCUGCCCUUGCAGACGAAGAUGAACAAGGACUACUGAGUGACAGCGUCAACAAGACCCUUGUGGAAUGUCUGCACUUAAUUGAGGAGGGUUAUCCAGGUGAUGACAUACAUUCCACUUUGGAAAAGCUGACCUUGUCUGUGCCAGAUGCAAAGAAAUUUGCCAAAUACUGGGUAUGCCAGAUGCGUCUCGAACAGUUUCGCUCCAUUGAAAAGGUCCUUGCUAUCUAUGAAAAGGCAAUUCUGGCAGGAGCACAGCCCAAGGAUGAGUUACGGCGUACAUUGGCAGAUGUUAUGAAGAAAACAAAAAUCAUAUCCAAAUCUGAGGAAUGUGUGGAAAAAGAAAUCACUCUAAAUCAUGAGGCAGAAGUUCACUUAGGUGAAGAGAAGAUAGAAAACGCUUUCGAGGAAUUAAACGUCAAUAACAAGAUGGAGUCUGGUAAUGAAGUGACUUCUCAAAAAGCAGAGGCUUGUUUGAAGUCUGAACAAGAGAGCAUUGCAGUUGAAGAAAAGCACCAAAAUAAAGAAGAGAAGCCUACAGUUCUCAGAAAUGAAGAGCAGGAUAGCGGCAAUGCAGAGGGAGAGAGAAUACUAGAGUUCCCAACUCCUGAAACUGACAAAGGGGGCUCGUACUUAAUUAAGUACAACUUGUCAACUACUCCCUCCUUGAUAAGCACAAAUAAAAAAAUGCAGGGAGACGGUAACCAUCCUGCAAUCAAGGAUCUGAAAUUUUUAACUCCUGUGAGACGUUCUAGCCGCAUACAAAAGAAGAAGUUGCCAGAUAUGUUGAAAGACCACAACCCUUGUGUAUCUUCACUUGAACAACUUGAAGAAUUCGGAGCUGAAGGCAUUGGUUUCAUCUACAGACACAACAGUGCACUGCGCAAACUCUGUACCCAACAAGGUCAAGAGUGAUUAUGGCACAAUUUUAAGGUUUCUUUGAAAUGAUCAGAAACAACACGAGCGACAUUGCUUUUGAUGCAACUAAUAAUAGCUGUAUUGAAUAGAAAAGCGUCUCAUUGGUGUAUAAG